AUGUCUGAAGAUCAAACAGAAAAUGGAGUAGACUCUCCAUCAAGAAAACAAAGUUAUGUUAAUGGAAGAAAAGCUAGUGCGUUUGAGAAAUCUUUAGAUCUUGAUGAUGUUCUGGUCAACGAACUGGGGCAGUUCGGCUGGUUCCAGCUGAGAAAUAUUUUAUUGGUUGCCUUACCAAUUAUUUCAUCUGCGUUUAUGAGCGAUUAUAUUUUUUCCGCAGCCGCCAUUCCACACAGAUGUCGUAUUCCGGAAUGUGGGGAAGACAGUAAAUUGAACCUUUACGAACCAGACUGGGUUUUAAAUGCUAUACCGGAAACCAACUCGGGUUUCUCAAGUUGUCAACGGUAUGUGUCUAUGAAUUUAGGAACCAACGGUACCCUGGACUAUUGCCCAGCUAACCUGUUCAAUCAAAUGCAAACAGUUUCAUGUGAUAGUUUUGUUUACGCAAGGGACAACUCUGUGGUAUAUGAGUUCGAUUUGGGAUGUGAAGAAUGGUUAAGAGCUUUGGCAGGCACACUGAGCAGUAUAGGAACAUUACUAGUGUUGCCGUUUACUGGCUACAUCUCAGAUAGAUUUGGUCGAAAAUGGGCUCUUAUAAUCAGCGUCUUCAAUAUGGCACUUAUUGGCCUAAUACGUGCGUUUUCUGUCAACUAUACUAUGUAUUUGAUCCUUCAACUCCUCCAAACUACGUUCGGAGCGGGAAUAUUCAGUUCUGCAUACAUUUUCGCUGCGGAGCUCGUUGGACCAAAGUAUCGUGUAAUCACAAGUGCUACGUCGUCGUCUAUGUUUGCUGUGGGACAAGUAGUUCUUGGUGGAGUAGCUUGGGUUGUUCAACCAUGGAGAUACUUUAUUAUGGCUUUGAAUAUUCCCUGCUUCCUGAUCAUAUGUUAUUACUGGAUUUUAUCAGAAAGUGUUAGGUGGCUUCUUUCGAAAAAAAAGUACGAAGAAGCUAAAAAUAUCUUAGAAAACGUAGCGAGAGUAAACAAAACGUAUAUCAGCGAGAAGAGUUUGCAAGCUUUGAUGAAUCCACCAGAAAAAUCCAUGACUUCAUCAGACAUUGAAAAGCCUGGCUUAAUCCGCAGUAUAAUAAGCUCUCCUGUACUACUUCGACGAGUAUGCACGACGCCUAUAUGGUGGAUCACCACAACUUUUGUAUAUUAUGGGCUAUCCAUCAAUUCGACGAGCCUCUCCGAUACCAUGUACCUAAAUUUCAUAUUGACUUGCGCUAUAGAAAUCCCUGGCUACGUCACAGCAGUUCUGGUCCUCAAUAGAAUUGGAAGGAAAGCUACCUUAUCUUCUGGUUUCUUCUUCAGUGCUCUGUGUAACAUUGUAUUCGUAUUCGUUCCUAAUGAUUUAAGUGUUCUGCGACUAAUUAUCUUUUUGUUGGGCAAAUUUGGAAUUUCUAUUGUAAUGACGUCGGUAUAUCUAUUCACGUCAGAAUUGUACCCGACUGAAUACCGCCACAGUCUUCUUGCUUUCUCUUCUAUGGUUGGUCGAAUUGGAUCUAUCACAGCUCCGUUGACACCCGUUCUUAUGGAAUAUUGGCAUGGUGUCCCAUCAAUCAUGUUCGGUACUAUGGGCAUAAUCUCUGGUCUUCUGGUUCUGACUCAGCCCGAAACUUUGGGAACUGCCAUGCCUGAUACUCUAGCUGAGGCUGAAGCACUAGGACAAAAGAACUAUAAGCUGGACCAGACAAGU